AUGUUGAUGGAAAACUUCUUUCGAUCCAAGGAAUAUUGGGAGUUGGUCGAACCUGGAUAUGUUGAACCAGCUAGCGAAUUGUUGCAAACAGAAGCCCAACGAAAGAAAAAUGAUGAGAUGAAGCUGAAAGACUUGAAAGUAAAGAAUUAUCUCUUUCAAGCCAUUGAUCGUACAGUUUUAGAAACCAUUCUCAAGAAGAACACUUCUAAAGAAAUAUGGAAUGCAAUGAAGAAAAAGUUUGAAGGCAAUGCAAGGGUCAAGAGGUCUCAUCUACAAGCUCUUCGUAGAGACUUUGAAAUUCUUGAGAUGAAGUCUAGUGAAAAGAGUGACAGAAAUACUUCUCCAGAAGUAAAAGAUAUUGAUACUCUCACUAUUGAUGAGUUGCAAAGUUCUUUGAUAGUACAUGAACAAAAGUUUCAGCGACGAAGCGGAGAGGAGCAAGUCUUGAAGGUGACGAAUGAUGAAGGAAGAGGUCGAGGUCGAGGCAGCUACAGAGGAAGAGGAAGAGGAAGGGGUCGAGCAAAUUUCAACAAAGCAAAUGUGCAGUGUUACCGAUGCCAAAAACUUGGGCAUUACCAAUAUGAGUGUCCUAAAAAUAAAGAAGCAAACUAUGCCGAAAUCGAUGAAGAAGAAGAAAUGCUUCUAAUGUCCUAUGAGGAAUUGCAUGGAGUCAAAAGAGAAGAUACAUGGUUUCUUGAUUCUGGUGUUCUAAUCAUAUGUGUGGUGAUCGAUCCAUGUUUAGUGAGCUCAAUGAAGAUUUCCGACAUUCAGUGA